GCGCUUGCAGUUGCUCAAACUCCCUGCAGGAACUCCUGCGUACUUUUUCCCCUCCGUCUCAGCUGCUGAGCGCAAUGUCAUUCAUGCUGCGGAGCGAGAGCAGCAGAAGCUGUUCCCUUUAUCCAACAAUGUGGAGAGCAUGCAGUAUUUUUUGCGCAUGGACUCUACUGCUCCUGACAGAAGUCUGUGCGCAGUCCCAGCGGAGACCAACAUUCACAUGUGGAGGGAACAUCACUGGGGAGUCUGGAGUGAUCGGGAGCCAGGGAUACCCAGGAGUUUACCCCCCAAAUACCAAAUGUUUGUGGAGGAUCACAGUCCCUGAAGGCAGAGUGGUGGUACUGUCAUUCCGCACUAUUGAUCUGGAGAAUGACAACCUGUGUCGCUAUGACUACGUGGAUGUUUACAGUGGCCAUGCCCAUGGGCAGAGACUCGGCCGCUUCUGUGGGACUUUCAAGCCCGGGUCCCUUGUUUCCACGGCAAACAAGAUGCUCCUUCAGAUGGUAUCUGAUGCCAACACCGCUGGCAGCGGAUUCCUUGCUGUUUUCUCUGCUGCUCACCCUCAUGAGAGAGGAGAUCAGUACUGUGGGGGCAGACUGGACAAACCCGGUGGGUCUUUCAAAACGCCCAAUUGGCCUGACAAGGACUAUCCAGCUGGAGUCACCUGCUCCUGGCAUAUAGUGGCACCAAAGAAUCAGAUCAUUGAGGUGAAAUUUGAGAAGUUUGAUGUGGAGCGAGAUAACUACUGCCGCUAUGACCACGUGUCCAUUUUCAACGGUCCAGAAAUAAACGAUGCAAAGAGGAUCGGCAAAUACUGCGGAGACAGCCCCCCAGCGCCGGUGUUCUCAGAGGGGAACCAUCUCCUGAUCCAGUUCCUGUCAGAUCUCAGCCUGACUGCAGACGGUUUUAUCGGACACUAUAAGUUCAGACCAAAGAAGUUCCCCACCACCACCUCACCACCCAGCACCACACCACAGCCCGUCACCACCAGGCCCAUACCUCUGAAGUACUCUGUUGCCCUGUGUCAGCAGAAAUGCAAAAGACGAGGAACGCUUGAGAGCAAUUACUGCUCCAGCAAUUUUGUAAUAACUGGGACUGUUAUCACCGCUGUGAUGAGAGGAGGAAGCAUGUAUGCCACCGUCUCCAUCAUCAACGUCUACAAAGAAGGGAACCUGGCCAUCCAGCAGGCGGGAAAAACAAUGAGCACCAAGAUCAUUAUCCUGUGCAAAAAGUGCCCGUUUAUUAGAAGAGGCAUGAACUACAUCUUCAUGGGGCAGGUGGACGACGACGGCAAGGGGAAGAUCGCCCCACACCACUUUGUUAUGGCCUUCAAGACAAAGAACCAGAAAGGACUUAAUGUUCUCAAACACAAGCAGUGCUGAGCUCCAGUAGCUCCGAGGAUCUCCUCUGAUCUGGUCGCCCGAGGCUCAGCUGCAGAUGGAAACAAUUAAGAAGAGGGGAAAAAAAAACAAACCCAAAAAGCUCCAUCUGAACAAACAACACAGAAACAAAACCAAAGCUGGGCGCUUAGCUGCCAGGUAGAAAAACAUAGAGUAUGCAUGAUUUAUUUAAUUAAGUGGAACUUACGUUUGUGUGCUUAAGAUUUUUUGCUGCAGAUUAUAUUUAUAUAUUUUUGCACACACACACAAGGCACUGGGCGAUUCGAGACGAUUUUCUGUGACAAAGAACAGCCUGUUGGCCUGCUUUUGAAUUGAUCAUCACAAAGAUAUUUGUCAAAAUUUCCACUUCUGUCCUCAGAUUAUUACCUGCCUUGCCAUAUUCCUGUCACUCGCUCGUAGCAGGGGUUUAAAUCGUAGCUGAUCGAAGAGCAUGACUCAAUCUUUUUUUUUUUUGGUGUACACAUCUGUUGUGACAUCACAUCGUGAUACUUUCACUCUUAAUCCAUUCCCUUUUAGUUUUUUCUUUAAAGCUGCAGAAUAAAAUGUGAAUAAAGACUGGGAUUUAUGCUUUAAAAAAAGAUACCCGUCUGGCAGAAUCAUCUUUAAUUUGACAAGCCUAAUUAUUAUUUAUAUGAUGGUGUAAAACCUGCUGUCGACGUCCUGCGCUGCGUUUUAAAGGGCAGGGCCGGACGUUUUUCUAAAUGUGGUUAUUAAAGUGCAAUAUUUAAUGUGUUCACGAUUCCUUCGAGGCAAUUUUCUGAUUUUAUGUGAAAACCUUUGUAGCUGAAGCUCUUUUCUUUAGUUUGUUACGGAUGCGAAGCUCCGCCAUCAGAGCGUCACUGACUUACUGUUUUAAAGGCAGAAAAGCUAUUUUCAUAUGAAAAUUAUUUAUAUUUUAUUGUCUUCAUCUUCCCAAAUAAAACUCCUUUAACACCC